AUGUCGGCCUUGCUCAAAGGUCUUCACAAGCAGGCCGCAGCACCAUCACUUGUCCCCUCAUCGACGAAUGAUGACCUAGAAGAACAAGCCGAGCUCGAAUCGGGAGAUACUUUCGCUCUGCCCGUGCCUGCGCUCACGCGAGCACCUCGACAGACGUCCAAGCAGCUUUACACACCUCUGCAAGGCUCAGACUACUUUGCACAAGCAUUGCAAGUUGAAGUGACUGGAUCCAAUGAGACGACGCGACAGUUCAGAGCGUACUACACGCCUGCCACAUCACUGAGAGAGCAACUUACGCCUCCACCCAAAGCGGCCAGACAAGUCCAUCCUGAGAUCGACAUCGAUCCUGCCACCCUAUUCAACGGUGUGGAGUCUCCCAAGCCAGCUAAGCGAGACGUUCUCGUCGUGUGCCACCACGGCGCAGGAUACUCUGGGCUGAGCUACGCCUUGUUUGCAAAGCAACUCGUGCAACUGUCAAAUGGCCAACUCGGCGUUCUCAGCUUCGACGCACGAGGACAUGGCAAGACGGCCGAUGCAAACGAUCUUUCUCUGCAAAGCUUGUCCCGCGAUCUUGUCGAUCUCGUCAAGACGCUCUAUCCCGAACGAGAGCAGGCGCCCGAUUUGCUUCUGGUCGGACACAGUAUGGGAGGCGCAGUCGUGACGGAUGCUUGCCCCAAGCUUCAAGCUCACGUUGCCAAUGUCAUCGGUCUCGCCGUUCUGGAUGUCGUCGAAGGCACUGCUAUCGAGGCACUGCGGACGAUGAACGCUUAUCUCGACGCUCAACCAAAGGGCUUUGCUUCUAUCGAAGCAGCCAUCGAAUGGCAUGUCAAAUCGCGCACUAUCAGAAAUCUCGAGUCUGCCCGCGUAUCCGUACCCGCCUUGCUAUCGCCCUCGGAGCAAGAUCCCGCAUUGCCAUUCAGCUGGCGAACAGACUUGCGAUCUACCUCAGCACAUUGGCAAGGCUGGUUCGAAGGCUUAUCGGACAAAUACCUCGCCUGUCCUACGCCGAAGCUGCUUGUGCUAGCGGGCACGGACCGGCUGGACAAGCCCCUUAUGAUAGCUCAGAUGCAAGGCAAAUAUCAGCUCGUUGUCUUUCAAGAAGCAGGUCAUUGCCUUCACGAGGAUGCACCUGAGCGCUUGGCCACGACCGUGCUCGAUUUCUGGCGGCGUAACGAUCGUACGAACGUACUGGCAGGUGUGAAGAAAGUCGGACAGUGA